CGGGGCUUUUAUUUACAGGCUGAAGACGCCCCAAAGAGGAAAGAAUAAGGAGACAAUAACUGCCGAAUACACCAAAGAAGAAGAAGAACUAAUUCACUUUCGGCGCUGUUUUUAUUUCAGCCAUGCGACCAAAACUUGAUAUAGAAAUUGUCGGUUUAAUCAAAGACACCAACUUCCAUGUUGCCAAAUACAUCGCUGAGGGACUAAAGCAGGAGUUUCCUAAUGCCUUUCUGGACCCAAAGUUUCAACCUCUCCUCGAAUUGGAGUGGGACACCUAUCUGCACAACAAGAAAAGGAAGCUGCAGGGUGAAGUGUGGCAGUACUCCAGCUGCCUGAUGUGCUUCCUGAACGGCCUUCUCAUCGGUGACGACAAGCAUUUCGCCAGCUGGGCAAAGAGGAACUGGGAUUUUGCCGUCAACCAGCCACAGGAUUUCUACCAGGCCCUCGCUGAGGACAACUACAAAAAGCACCUCCAGAAAACGAGGCAUCAGUUUGUCUACAUGGACAUUGAGAUCGCAGGAGCAGCAGCGGGCAGGUUGUUGUUUGAGUUGUUCUCAGAUAUUUGUCCAAAGACCGCAAGAAACUUUGAGGAUCUGUGCACAGGGGAGAAAGGACUGACACAGAACAACCUCCCACUCUGCUACAAGGGCUCUGUGUUUCAUCGGGUUGUGCCUAAUGGCUGGGUGCAAGGUGGAGAUACUUCCCCAGACAGCAAAGGUGAUGGAGGCGAAUCAAUCUAUGGGCCGAUAUUCGAAGAUGAAAGUUUUGCUGUUUCCCACUCAAAGCGGGGCAUGCUAGGAAUGGCCAAUAAGGGUCCGCACAGCAACGGAUCACAGUUUUACAUCACCCUGCAGCCAACUGUUUGGAUGGACAGGACAUACGUCGCCUUUGGACAAGUGGUUGAGGGUGUUGAUGUCCUAAAGAGAGUGGAGGAGAUACCCACUUGCAAUGAAAGACCUAAGUAUGAAUGUAAGAUUACAGACUGUGGAGUAUUACAGCUGUAAAAACAAAUCACUCAUAACUGGUGCAUUCUUGUUUUUGAUGUCAUAAAGUAAACAGAACUUUCAUAUAACGUAAGACACCUGCAGAAAGCAUGGUAAAGUGAAAAUAUUAUACUAGAGGUGAUUUGCCAGCACAGGGGAUUUAAGAUUUAAGCUGUUUGGACCUGCUUUUAAUAACUCAUGUGAAACUAAUGUCAUAUUUUUCAGUUUCACUUUGCCCAGAAACAAAAAUGAUUAUG